UAUUUAAUAUCAUAUCAAUCAAGUAAUCAACUCUAUAGGGUGAUUGUAAAAAAAUAUAUAUAAACUACACCUAUCCAUUUCAUAGUCAGUAAUUUGAAUCCAUAAAGUGUUUUAAUUUAAAAUUGCUUACGCUUUAUCAAAAAUAAUUGUUAAUGAGUUGGUUUUAUAUUUAAAAUGAUCUGCCGCUUCAUGAAUAGAGUCUUAAAAGCCAAUAACAUUUGUAAUAAUAGUAGGUUUCAUUGUUGGAAUAAGAUAAAAGAAAACGCUGUCCUACAAAAUAAAAGGAUGUUCAAAUCGGCUGUAUACAAUCUUGAGGAGGCAUCUAAGGAUAAAAUUCAAGAGUUCCUAAAUUCAUUUGACACUGUUCUGUCAGAUUGUGAUGGUGUGUUAUGGAUAAACAAUAAUGCCAUACCUGGAUCAGCUGAUGUAAUGAAUUAUUUUAGGAAAAUUGGGAAGAGAGUAUUCUAUGUGACUAAUAAUUCUACAAAAAUUAGAGCAGAUUUUGCUAUCAAAGCUCAAGAAUUGGGUUUUGUUGCUGAACCGGAAGAAAUUUUGUCAACAGCCUAUCUAGUAGCUCAUUAUUUAAAAGGUAUUGGAUUCAAAAAGAAGGUUUAUCUUAUUGGAUCAAAUGGUAUUGGUGAUGAAUUGAAAGCUGUUGGAAUUCGGCACAUAGGAAUUGGACCAGACCAUGUAAAACCAGACUUUAAAUCCAUGACAAAUUCAGAUUUAGAUCCCGAAGUGGGUGCUGUUGUGGUGGGUUUCGAUGAGCAUGUUAGCUAUCCCAAAUUUAUGAAGGCUGCAUCAUACCUGGCAAAUGAAGAAUGUCUUUUUGUGGCCACAAACACGGAUGAAAGGUUUCCGAAAUCCAGUACGAUUAUUGUACCCGGUACAGGCACAUUGGUGAGAGCAGUGGAAACAUGUUCAGAAAGGAAGGCUUUGGUGCUGGGAAAACCAAAUGAUUAUGUGCGCAAGUUUUUAGAGUCCUUUGGAUUAAACCCUGCAAGAACAUUGAUGAUUGGCGAUAGAUGUAACACUGACAUUGAAUUUGGUGUGAGGUGCGGUUUUCAAACACUGCUUGUGUUAACAGGAGUCACUUCAACAAAGGAUUUGGAAAAAAUGAGGAGCGAGAGAAAGGAACCUUUGCCUGAUGUAGUACUGCCUAAACUAGGUAGUCUACUGAAUUUAGUGUCAUAGUGCAAUUAUUGUUUAUUAAUACAAUGCUUUAAGCAUAGUCAUAGGUCAAUUGUACAAUCUUUGUGAUACACAAUAUUUGUAAUUUGUAUUUAUUUUAUGCAAUUAUAUUGCCAUUAUCACUGUGUGAUUAAGAUAAGACCUAAGAUUUUAUUUUGAACUCUCAUUGAAACCAUUUUAAAACACACCAUAUUUUUGUUCUUUCCUUUGAACAAGUUCACAACACAUCAUUUAAUCACAUUUUGUUAUAUUUUUAAAAAAGUACAUAUUUUUUUACAUAAUUAUGAGGUCAUUGACAAUAAGUAUUACUGUAUAAAGAUAAGAGUUUAUAAUGAAUUAAAAUAGGAAAUAAUGUGUAGAUCAUUGAGAUAUACAUAUGGAGACGACACCGCCUACAUCACUUACGUUCCGCUCAACAUAC